CCGGUGGAUGCUCCCAACAGUGCGUGCUGGUGCAACGUCAAGACGGUUAAUUUCUGUGCCUGUUCAACUUUAACAUUGUGACGCGUUUCGGAAAUGAGUGCUCCAUUCUAGCAAGCGUUACACGUGUGUCGCAUACAGUUAUAUGCAACUGGAAGCAUUUCUACCGAGACACAUCAAAGCGGACCGGUUAAAGUGUAUUCUCGCGUCACAUUAUUCCUGCGGGAUGAUGAUGUGAUUAUGAGCCGGCGAGCAAACAGUGUGACUAGCGAACGGAAACCAAUAUUAAGUACAACCUUUGCAUCGCAGAGCAAAAUGUUUCUCACAGCGAAUUGUAAGAAAUGGUAUUGCUGGCACCAAACUAAUCUGCCCGCAGUGUUCGUGCUCUGGUGUCUGGGUGCGUUGCUGUGUUUAAAAUGCUCGCAUGUUUAUGCGCAGGAUGCUAUCGUGCAACAGGAGCAUGACACGAGCGGAGGGACUUCCGUGCCGCAAAGGAUUCUGUCGAGAAAGAGACGGUUCCUGACGUUCCCGGAGGGUAGUUCCUUUCAAGUGGUAUACGAUCAAACCAUUCCCAUGAUCGGUGUCGAGCGGCUUUUCACCAUCGGCAUUACGGUUGCGCUUGCCUACGAGCUGCCCAGCAUCACCAUCAACCAGAUCGAGCAGAUGUUGCAGGAGAAUGCGGCCGACGGGUACAUCUUUCCCAAGGUGGAUCAAAACGCCAACGACACCGUCCUGGUCGACAGCAAAAACUCCGUCACACCGGCAAGGAAAAACAUUUUCGACUAUUACAACCAAACACCAGCCCAACGGCAACCGGGCGUCGGUGGGAGUCCGGCUAACCGCAUCAAUUACUACACCGCACCCGAUCGACGGUACGAUAAGUUUGAUCGAUACGGUCAACGUCUUCCCCAGUGGAAUCAGUACAUCGGCUCGAAUCGGUUUCCCCAACCACCGUACGCCGAUCCGGCGCGUAAUGAUUUCGGCAGCAUCGUUAACAGGUAUCUUCAAGGAUGGAUCCGACGUCACCCACCGAACUAUCCGAUAGGGAAAAAGCGCUUCUAUCCAGUGUUUGGAAAGCGCAGCAUUCGCGAAGAAACUGCGCCGCUUGAUCGCCACUUUCUCAAUCAGCAUCGUGUGACGCGUCAUGCCCUGUACGAGCGAAUAGAAAAGUUCCUAACGGCGAAGGGAAAGCAUGGACAUCACUGCGUGCUGCGGGCACUGUGUGAGAGCGGACAGCGCAGCAACGACAGUGAACCGGACACAUUUUUAAAGGAAAUUCUUAGAGCGAUAUUCAGCCUUCCGUCAACGCACGAAACGCCAACGCACCAUAAGCAUCGCAUCUACGACGAAGCACACGCUCACACCGGAAACUGCUCGGAAACCUAUUCGUACUGUGAGGAUAGCUUUUGGUCAUCGAAUUUCGUGUUCUAGUAACCACGGGCCGGCGGGAUUGCUGGUCAAACAAGCAUGGUUAAACCUUUAAGUGUUUCGGGAUGAUUCGUUUCACCAUUCGGACGCUGAGUAGAGCUGCAAAAGCUAGAGUCAGAUGAUCAAUAUUACUGGAAAUGUUUAUUUCUCUUUUUAAUUGCUCGAUGGUUGCGGAAUGCACUAAAUCAUCGUAAUUGACUGUACUGUGUUUGUUCAAUGGUGCACCAAAAUUCGAAAAUCGUUCAGAGUUGGGUUAAGAACCGUUGGAGCACGUGCACGAUUCGUUAGAGAUAAACUAAACCAAAAUGAAGGUUAAAACGACAAUUUAUGUGCUCGCUAGGAUGAAGUGCAGUAAAUAUACAUGUCAUAUAUAAAAUUCAACCCGUAGAUAGUUAGUCCUUGGGCGAAAGUAGCUUAAAAGGCAUGUAGUUAGUAAAGGUGACGAUAGGAAGAUCAGUAUAAUGCAAAAUAAAAUGACCAUAGCGUAGGAACAACGGUGGGAGCACCGUAUAGAAGCAACGAUAUAAUCAUCAGAAGAAUCGAUCAAUCCGCUCUAUACUAUCGUGCUCUCUUCUCAUAAGACUAAGAAACAAAAUGUUGUCACACGUCCGUCACCGUUUCACACUGUAAAUAGA